AAGAAAGGGGCAGGAGCCUGCUUUGAAUUCUGGGGGCUGGAGGAGGAGGAGCUGGCAUCCAGGGACUCCCCUAGGGCCCUCAGCUGCCCAGGAGCCAACCUAGAGGGAGUUCCUUCCCCCUGGCAUUAGGCGGUGGCGAGAGGGGGCUGGGGAGGAAGAGAAGGAAGCCGCGAGGCAGGGGGUGCCUCCAGGCCUGAGCCUCAGAAGGGGUCACUUCCAAGCAGCCAUACGGAGGAAGCCUGGAGAAGGCGGACUGUUGGACUUCCUGUCCAGGCCCUGCGGGCCCAGUUCGAGGAGGGUAGUGUGUGCUGGGGGGAGGGAGAUGGGGAAAGAGUGCUCUUCCUCCCCCCUGAGCCCUCCCUGUUCUCCAGAGGCUCCCGGGCCCAGGCCUGGCACCAGAGGACGGCUCCUCCUCUGUAAGAGCAGGGCCUUGUCUCAGCUGAGCGCAGAGCCUCUGAGGCUAGCAGUGGGCCAUGCAAACAAGAGGGAGGUAUGCAAAUACACACAGAGCUGCUGCCAGGCCUCCUGAGACAAGGAUUCAGGAAUGCUGGGAGGGGCAACGCCACCCACGUGGUGCCUGCUCCCGGCCCUGUCCCCACCAGUCUGCCUCCCAGGUGGCAGGUCCAACCUACGGUGCCCACGCCCCCCCGAGGGAUGAAGGCAAGCCCCCGGGGGCCAGGAGAGGUGCCCCCAGAGUCAGAUGCUCCAUGGCAAGGGAUGCCAGGGGACCCCCACCUGCCCAACCCCUCCAGGGCAUCCAGCGCUCAUGCCAAGGACCACAAGGCCUGGGCUGCUCUCCCCGAGCCCCCAGUAAUCCCCAAAGGCCAACUCAGACCAUCAUUCCUGGCCACCACUUUGUCCCCCCCACGAGGAAGGAGUUUCUCCAGAAAGGCAGGAGAGGGGCCCCAAAUGCCUCCAGCUGCCCACCAAUCACCUACUGCUUGCAUGCCAGGCCCGAAAACCCUGGGGCUCAGAGGCAGCCCCAGCAGAGGCCCAAGAAGAUUGUGUUUGAAGACGAACUUCCGGUCAGGCGCCCUGAGGUGACUCCUGGGCUGGGUCCUCAGCCAGGCAAGGACCCCCCAGGCUCUGACCCAGCCCCUCCCCCUGGGCACCACCCCCAGGCUCAGCUGGUACCUGACUAUGUGCUGAGAUACCCAGCCAUCUACAGUGAGGCCGAGAGACACCGCUACAAGGCCGUGUUCCAAGACCAGCAUGCUGAGUACCAGGAGCUCCACCAGGACGUGGCCACAGCCAGGGCCAAGUUCCAGGAGCUGGAGGCCCUGCUGGCUACACUGCCUCCGCCAGACCCCAAGGAAGAAGUCCGUCUUACCUGGGUCCGGAGGGAAUUUGAGAGGAAGAAGAGGGACCCAGUUUUCCUGGAGAAGCAGGCCCGCUGUGACUACUUGAAAAGAAAAUUGAAGCACCUCAAAGCACAGAUCCAGAAAUAUGAUGAAAAAGAUUCCCAGGAUGGUUCCGUUUAUUUCUGAACCAGAUAUUGCCCACACCGCCAGCAGAGACAGAGAGGCCUCUCCUGACCCCGCCAGUUCCAGCAGAUGGGGCAGGAGGCUGCUUUGAGAUGCCAGGGACUGCCUGCCAAUCCCCUCUCGCUGGUGAGGAAGGUGGCUGCCUCAGCUGGGGCUGAGAAUGGUGAUUGCCCCUGAGAACCAGCCCAGUCUCAGCCUCUACCCCUAGCCCAGGAAGAGAGCAGUGUUUGGGAAGUGAACUUUGGGUGUGAAUGUCACCAAGUGGCCUGCCCAUGGAUGGUGCACCCACGGGCUGGGGGAGCAAGUGCCUGCAGGGAAGAAAAUUAUUCUGAGGAGAGGCAGCAAGGAGGAACCUCCCUACAAUGGGACAGAGUUAGGCUGGGAGUCAGGAGACCAGGCUUCUAGGUCCCAUGGUGCCAUUGACUUAGUAUGACCCUGGGCAAAUCCUUUCUCUUUUGUUUCUUCCUCUGUUCAAAGUGGUUUGGACUAUGUCUCCAAGAUUCCAAGUCUGUCUUCUAAGGACCCUCCCAGCUCUGAGAUUCUCUGUUCUAAACUCCCUCCACCCCAGCUCUGACAUUCUGUGUUCUAA